AUGGGGAUACAAUGGGCACGGCUGAGGGCUGAGGGCUUCAGAGACCUAGUACAGCUUGUGAAGUGCCAGGGCAGACCUGAGCGAAAACUAGCAGCCAUCAUGUGUGAAGAAACGAACCAAGACGGUCCCUAUGAAGACAGCACUGAGCAGGAAGACCCUGCUUCAGGUCCUGAGGAGCAGUUCCCUGUGGCUCACAUAUAUUGCAUUCUGCCUGAAGAAUACAACCCGGCCUUGUCAUCCACCACAUACGACUUUCUCCAAGCCAUGGUCGACUCACUUACUGAUUACGUCUUGACACUGGUACACUCCGAGGGCAACAACAAUGUUGGGAUGCCCACCGACGCCGAAGACGGAGGGACAGAAGCCGACAACAACCGUGAAUGUGCCCCUGUCAUCCUGGAUGUGUCCUUCCUAUUCUCGGAUGAGGCACCUGAGCCGAGAAACAAUGCCUGAGAAGUGCUGAGCAGCGCCUAGUGGGAAGCCUCUGAGGCUCUGUCAGGGCCAUGAUGUCUCAUGGAAGGGGAGGCCCCACUGUUGUCAGCAACAAACGCUAAUAAAGGCUUUCAGUCAUGGCAGUA